AUAUUAUUAAUAAAAUGAGCAAAGAGACUGUUCCAAUGUUUAAGUUUAUAGUUUUAGGAGAUCAAUGUAAGUGGGUAUGUCAGACUUAGCUGUCGGUAAAAGUAGUUUUGUUAAAUAAUAUUCCGAAUCCAUUUUCAUAGAAGCUCAUAAACCAACUAUUGGAGUAGAAUUUGUAAAAAAAAUGGUUGUUGUUGAUAAACGCAAAGUUGAAUUAUAAAUUUGGGAUACUGUAAGUUUAGAUCUUAUAUAAAAGGCUGGAUAAGAAUAAUUUCGUAGUAUGAUAAAAAGCUUUUAUCGUGGCGCAGCUGCAGUUUUUGUUUUAUAUAGUGUAAAUUCAAGAGAUUCUUUUGAAAAAUUAGAUUAAUGGCUUUAAGAAUUAUAAGAAAGUGCUCAUGAAGAAAUUGUUAAAAUUUUAGUUGGAAAUAAAUCAGAUUUAGAUAGAGAUAUUUCAAAAGAAGAAGCAGAAAAAUUUAUGAAUGAAAAUAAUUUUAGUUUAUUUUUUGAGACAUCUGCUAAAACAGGAGAAAAUGUAGAGAAAGUACAAUUAUUCAAAGAUUUUUUAAGGCUUUUGAAGAUACUGUUAAAUUAGUGAUUAUGCGUAUGUUUACAAGUGAAUCAUUUAAAAAUUCCAUUAAAACUACAAAAAAGACACCUGCAAAUUCAAGAUAAAAUACAAGUAGAAGUGAGCCUCUAGAAGAUUUUGUUUAAACAUAAAAGCCAAUUCAAUUAUAAGUUACUCCUUAAACAUAAUAAAAAUAAGAGAAGUAGUGCUGUUGA